AAUUGGUCACCACGAAAUUAUCUCCUUGGACAGGGAAAAAGGGAGUCGUGCUUCUGAAAUUCUCUCCCGCCAUGAAAGCAUCCUCCAUUCACUCCUUCCUCUCUCCCUCACCUUCUCCAUAUCCAUUCACAGCAACCACUACCAAGGGGCUCUCUCCAUUGCCUCUCUUCAGGCCUUAUCCCCGCCUCAACUUCCAGUACCCGCAAUUACUCAAUUCCAACAGGUACUCGCGUUUCGCAGCAACUCACAAAUUCCCGAAUUUAGUAUUCCCCGUCGGUUCGUCUUCUCAGCUCUCCGACGAUGAUAUUGAAGUUGAAUCCGACGACGACGACGAAGAAGAGGACGACGUGGCGGCAGAGGAGUACGACGUCGUUGCUGGUGAAAUCAGCGAACAGUACGGAGAUGAAGAGGACGAAGAGGUUUUGGAGGCGACCGAAGGUGUUGGCCCCAGAUAUGAGGAGUUCAAGUGGCAGAGAGUGGAGAGGAUUAGGAAUGAGGUGCGGGAGUUUGGUGAGGACAUCAUUGAUGUCGAGGAGCUCGCCUCUGUUUACGACUUCAGAAUUGACAAGUUCCAGCGAUUGUCCAUUCAAGCAUUCCUGAAAGGUUCUUCAGUUGUAGUUUCUGCACCAACUAGUAGUGGAAAAACGUUGAUUGCUGAAGCUGCUGCAGUUGCUACUUUUUCCCGAGGAAAGAGAUUGUUUUACACUACUCCUUUGAAAGCCUUGUCAAAUCAGAAGUUUCGUGACUUUCGUGAGACAUUUGGUGAUACUAAUGUUGGACUCCUCACUGGAGAUUCUGCUGUCAAUAAAGAUGCUCAAAUUUUGAUAAUGACCACAGAGAUUUUGCGCAACAUGCUAUAUCGGAGUGUUGGAACAGAUUCUUCUGAAAGUAUGCUUUCUGAUGUGGAUGUGAUUGUUUUGGAUGAAGUGCAUUACUUGAGCGACAUAUCCCGGGGUACAGUUUGGGAAGAAAUUGUGAUAUACUGCCCCAAACAAGUGCAAUUAAUAUGUCUUUCUGCCACUGUUGCAAAUCCAGAUGAGUUGGCAGGUUGGAUUGGUCAGAUUCAUGGAAAAACUGAGUUGGUAACAUCAUCCAAGCGUCCGGUUCCGUUGACUUGGCACUUCUCAACAAAGACAGCAUUGUUACCACUUCUUGAUCAAAAAGGCACUAGCAUGAACAGGAAGCUGUCCCUAAACCAGUUACAGCUUGAUUCUUCAAGAGAUAAUGUAUACAAGGAUGAGAAUCCUAGAAGAAGGAAAUCAAAGAAAUAUCAGUUUGAUGUUCCUCCACUUACAAAGCAUGACAUGAACUCUAUACGCCGGUCGCAGGUUCCUCAAGUUGUAGAUACAUUAUGGCAUCUUAAAGCAAGAGAUAUGCUUCCAGCAGUCUGGUUCAUCUUUAGCAGAAAAGGUUGUGAUGCUGCUGUUCAAUAUCUUGAAGACUGCAACCUGUUGGAUGAUUGUGAGAUAACCGAAGUAGAGCUUGCACUUAAAAAGUUUCGUGUUAAAUAUCCUGAUGCUGUUAGGGAAUCUUCUGCAAAAGGACUUCUUCGAGGUGUUGCUGCUCAUCAUGCUGGUUGCCUUCCCCUUUGGAAAUCGUUCAUUGAGGAGCUUUUCCAAAAGGGGCUUGUGAAGGUUGUUUUUGCCACGGAAACUCUUGCUGCUGGAAUUAACAUGCCUGCAAGAACUGCUGUUGUGUCAUCUCUGACCAAAAGGAUUGACAGUGGUCGCACAUUUUUAAGUUCCAAUGAGCUGCUACAAAUGGCAGGACGUGCUGGCCGUAGAGGCAUUGAUGAAAAGGGUCAUGUCGUUCUUCUUCAAACACCAUAUGAAGGAGCUGAAGAAUGCUGCAAAGUUCUCUUUUCUGGACUAGAACCUCUUGUUUCACAGUUUACAGCUUCGUAUGGGAUGGUGCUUAAUCUACUUGCGGGCGCAAAAUUUGCACGUAGCUCGGCUGAAUCAGAUGACUUGAAUAACUCACAAUCUGGUCGGACAUUGGAAGAAGCAAGAAAGUUGGUUGAACAAAGUUUCGGAAAUUAUGUGGGGAGCAAUGUCAUGCUUGCUGCUAAGGAGGAGCUCGCUAGGAUACAGACUGAGAUACAGUUGCUGGCGUCGGAAAUUACAGAUGAAGCUAUCGAUAAGAAGAGUAAAAAAUUACUGUCACAUACAUCUUACAAAGAGAUUGCCGAUCUUCAGGAAGAAUUGAGGGUAGAGAAACGUAUUCGCUCUGAACUUCGGAAAAUAGUGGAAUGGGAGAGAAUUUAUUCUUUAAAGCCCCUACUCGAGGAGCUUGGGAAUGAGCACUUACCUUUUAUGUGUCUCCAGCAUACUGAUGCAGACGGUGUUCUGCAUCAAAUCCCUGCUGUUUAUUUGGGGAAGGUUGAUUCUUUAAAGACUUUAAAAUUGAAAGAUAUGGUUCACGAAUCUGAUUCUUUUGCGCUGACUAAUGGAAGAAAUUCAAGUGAUGCUGAGCCUGAACAUGCUGCUGAACCAUCGUAUUAUGUAGCACUUGGUUCGGAUAACUCUUGGUACCUUUUCACUGAGAAAUGGAUCAGAACCAUCUAUAAAACUGGAUUUCCCAACGUUGCCUUGACUCAAGAUGAUGCUUUACCUCAUGAAAUAAUGUCGAGUCUGCUUGAUAAGGGAGAUAUGCAGUGGCAAAAGGUUGCAGACUCAGAAUUUGGUGGUUUAUGGUGCAUGGAAGGAUCACUUGAGACGUGGUCGUGGAGUUUAAAUGUGCCAGUCUUGAGUAGUCUCUCUGAUGAUGAUGAGGUCCUGAAGUUCUCUGAAGCAUACAAAAAUGCUGUCCAAUGCUACAAGGACCAAAGAAACAAAGUUUCGCGUCUGAAGAAAAAAAUAGCACGAACAGAAGGCUUCAGAGAAUACAAGAAGAUUCUAGAUACAGCCAAAUUUAACGAAGAAAAGAUACGGAGAUUGAAGGCUAGAUCACUUCGUUUGUCCACUCGAAUAGAGCAGAUAGAACCAUCUGGCUGGAAGGAAUUUCUUCAGAUCAGCAAUGUCAUACAUGAAGUCAGGGCAUUGGAUAUCAACUCACACUUUAUAUUUCCCCUGGGUGAAACUGCUGCUGCAAUUCGUGGGGAGAAUGAACUCUGGUUAGCAAUGGUUCUUCGAAAUAAAGUCCUUGUUGAUUUGAAACCUGCACAGCUUGCUGCGGUUUGUGGAGGUUUAGUGUCUGAAGGAAUCAAAGUUCGGCCAUGGAAAAAUAAUAGCUAUAUUUAUGAAGCCUCGUCCACUGUUAUGAAUGUGAUCGCCUUUUUGGAUGAACUGAAGAGCUCACUUUUGGAUCUCCAGGAAAAGCAUGGAGUGCAGAUUCCUUGCUGCCUGGAUAGCCAAUUCGCGGGCAUGGUUGAAGCUUGGGCUUCUGGUCUAACAUGGAGAGAGAUUAUGAUGGAGUGUGCCAUGGACGAAGGAGAUCUAGCACGCCUUUUACGACGAACCAUUGAUCUAUUAGCACAGGUGCCUAAAUUGCCUGAUGUUGAUCCACGGCUCAAAAGCAACGCUGUGAAAGCUUCGAGCGUCAUGGACCGUCCACCCAUUAGUGAAUUGGUAGGAUGAUAGCAUAGUUGCCCAGUUCUCUGCUAGUAUUAAUUUAUCAUCAUUCUUUGCUUCCCAAAGAAUAAAAAGGAAAAAAAAAGAGAUCAUCAUUCUUUAUACGUAUAUCUCAAGUUGUUGAAACUUGUAAUCUUCUUCAUCAUCAUCCUAUUAUCCUAUUGCUAUCUUAUUCUUUUCUAAA